AAGAACUUCUAGAAGUGGAGAGCCAGUUUCGACACGUCAAACAGCAAAAUUAUCGAUAUCGCUUGUAGUAUCGUCGUAUAUCGUUCCCGACUUUGUUACAAAAUAAUCAUGAAUCGCCUUGCAAAAGUCAUUCUGUCAGCAUCCAGGAAAGGUAAUUUGACCAACAUAGGCCUUGCAAGUACUCUGGCUAGGAGCAUGUCUUCAGGAGGGCUUUCAAAAUAUAAUUUUGAGUCACUCGCUGUGACAAGUCCCCAGGAGUUUAUCUACAAGGUUGAGGUGAACAGGCCAGAGAAACGUAAUGCUAUGAACAAAACAUUUUGGAGAGAGAUGGUAGAAUGUUUUAAUACCAUUGCAACUGACGAAGACUGCAGAGUAGUACUAUUAACUGGGGCAGGCAAGACAUUUUCUGCUGGUAUUGAUCUACAGGAUAAUGCUGAAUUGAUGCAGGGCGCUAUUCCGGGAUCAACUGAUCUUGAUGUAUCACGUAUCGCCUAUAAACUCAGAUCCAAGAUCAAGGAGUAUCAAGAGUCUUUCUUUGUUAUUGAGAAGUGUCCUAAGCCAGUGAUAGCAGCCGUCCAGGGGGCCUGUUUAGGAGGAGGACUCUGUAUGAUCUCUGGAUGUGAUAUUAGGUUGUGUACUGAAGAUGCUUGGUUCCAAAUUAAGGAAACAGAACUUGGUCUAGCUGCAGAUGUAGGAGUGCUUCAGUGGUUACCAAAGAAGACAUCUAAUGACAGUCUGCUUCGAGAGCUCUGUUUCACAGCAAGGAAGUUUGAUUCAAGUGAAGCCAAGGAAUUAGGUCUGAUCAGUCGCCUGUACCCAGACCAAGAAGCCAUGAUGGGUGGUGCUAUGGAGCUAGCAGCAACUAUCGCCAGUAAGAGUCCAGUGGCUAUGCAGGGCACUAAAGUUAAUCUGAACUACAGCCGAGAUCAUACCGUAGCAGAAAGCUUCGAGUAUAUUGCAACGUGGAACGCAGCCCAUCUACAGACUGAGGAUCUUGCAAAAGCAGUCAUGGCAAGCAUGACAAAAUCAAAGGCAGAGUUUUCAAAGCUGUGAGAUGAUCAAUCAAAUUGUAAACGUGAAAGAAGGAAAACCUAUUAUAGCAAAUGCUUCAGCACCAUGUGUACAACUCUGUUAUAUGAACUCUUAUCAUGGUAAACCAGGAAUGUUAUGUGAAAAUUAUUGGGGCAGCGUUGUGUGGUAAGAAAAAUUUGUUAUAACUAUGGAAAAAUAUAUAAAUACUGGGUGAUUUUGUUGAAAUAUAUUCCAGUCUAAACAUGCUUGGUUUUGGCCAUGUUAAAAAAGACGUAGUGAUCCCUGUCUUGAGGUAAGAGUAAAGUAUUAUAUCAUUUGAAAUUUAUCAUAACAAAUAGGCAGAUGGAAUUUUAUGACUCAUUCAAGAACUUAAGAUUGAUUUAGAUCCAUCACAACAUUUUGUCAUUCAGGGUCAAGGUAUACUUUGAAAAUACACUUU